AUGUUGAGGUAUGUGCCUUGGGUGCCUAAUAAGGCAAUGCCCUAUCAACCUCACCAGAAGUUGGAAACCAAAUAUGGAGGUCGUCCCAUAUAUAAGCCCUAUUUUUUUCCAACUGUGAUGAGAAAAGCAAAGCAAAAUCUAGUGCUUUCCCAUAUCAUUGCCACUCUCACGAGUCUUGUGAACAACAUUACGCCUCUCCCUCUCUCUUGUGAGGAUAUAGUUCUCGUUUUCAACUGUUGUGGGGGUGGAUUCAAACUUCAAAGACAUGAACAAUUAUUAAUUCUUCUUUCUCGAGGUGGGUCAGUUUUGACUGCAUUGAUAGAUAUAGAGAAAGGAUUGGGGACCAUUCCCUAUAAUUAA